AUGAUCAUCCAAGAAUCCUUCAAAGAUGUGCCCACGAAGGCAGCAGGAGAAGGAUCCAUGCGCAUCUACGUGUACCACCCGACGAUCCCAGGCUACCCGCACGCAAAGUUCCCUGGAGUUGUGGUCUUUUCCGAGAUCUAUCAAGUAACUGGUCCCGUCGCCAGGUUUGCCAGACAGAUCGCCGGACAAGGAUUCAUCGUCGCCGCCCCGUCGUCCUACCACGAAUUCACCGGUCCACAACCCCUGGCCUACGACGGUCCCGGCACCGACGCAGGCAACGCGUGGAAGGUUGCAAAGAAACUGGCGGCGUACGACGAAGAUGCAGAGUUAUCCGUCUCAUUGCUGCUGGGUAUGAAGACGUGUAACGGCAAUAUAGGCGCCACGGGGAUGUGUCUCGGUGGACACCUGGCAUACCGCUGUGCCUUGGAUUCCCGUGUCAAAGCUGCUGUCUGCUACUUCGCCACGGAUAUCCACAGCCACAGUCUGGGCGAGGGCCAGCAGGACGACAGCUUGAAAAGAGCAGGAGACGUUAAAGGAGAACUGGUCAUGAUCUUUGGCAAGAGUGACAACCACGUCCCGCCGGAGGGAAGAGACCUGAUUCGAAAGACACUACAUGAAGCUGGUGUGGAGUUCUCCUUCUACGAGGUCUUCGGGGCUCAGCACGCCUUCAUCCGCGACGAGCUGAGUAAAGGGAGGUACGAUCCGGCGAUCAGCAAGGUCUGUUUCGAGAUGUUGCUGGAGGUGUUUGGGCGACGACUCAAACUCGACUUGGGAGAACCCAGUGGUGAGAAGCUGGUGGUGGAAGACGUUUGUUGA